AUGGAUACACUCAUAUCAGCUGUCCAUGCAAGUGCAAUGAUUGCCUUAAUCAUCAUUGCCAUUGUCACUCUCGUCGCCACAACCUGGAUCAUCGGCGUCAAGCUCGCCGAGCCCUUCGGCAUCAUGUUAUUCAACACUCUAAACGGCGUCGGAACUGCACUCGACGACACAGAAGCGUCAAAAGCGGAAGAAAAAUCAAGCAAACAGUCUCAGCAGGAAACUCGCAAGAAGCUCGAAAAAAUAUUUUCGGGCGUCAUCGCAAUGUCCUUGUGCUUUUGCUGCAUCACUUUUGAGCAAGAAUCGGCGAGACAUGACUUUCGACCUGCCGGCUUGUGGUGGAAUCUCUGUGUUCCGACACUGAAGGGAAUAUUUGAGGCUCUUGUUGCGUUGGGCAUGCUCAGAUUAGUUCUUACUGCUGUUCGUAAAGUGGUUGCGAACUGA